CGGAAACCCGCAAACGCAUUCACAGGGGAAAUAUUUGGCAUAAACAUACGACAGCUUAGCUAACCAUCUAAUGCUAGUUAGUUAACGUCGUUUUCCAGAAUUGAACACCUAGCUACGGACCUUCAAAAUGCAAUGUUGUGUUUGGGGGUGCAAGGCCCAAUAUCGGAAAGGAGGAGGGUUAGGGUUUUUCCGAUUCCCUACUGAAGAGAACGAAAUUGCUCAAAGUCAAAGGAAAACUUGGAUAAAAAUGGUGAAGAUUGAAAACCCCGAACCAGAUCUGCCUUCCCGUUUGGGUGGUAAAUUGGUACUCCAAAUGGGAAACGACUGGCACCCUACUACCUCCUCUCGCAUUUGUGGGAGGCACUUUGUUUUAAAAAAACCAAACCUACAUCCGGACCACCCUGACUUUGCCCCAUCCCUCUUCCUUCGCCCAGAGGACGAUGCCUUGAGUCCGAACACAGCUCAGACAGAAGGGAAAAGAAACCUGCAGAGCUAUGACAGGGCAGUGAAGAAGAAGAAGUGCCUUGACCUUAGUGAGGUUGGAGGUGCUGACCUGAGGGACAGUUAUGCUGACACCACAGAAGAAACUGAAGAGCAGGACCUGGGCACCUGUGUAUCGUGUGAGGUCCUGAGGAAGUCCUUAAAUUAUUUGCAGUCCAGGCAUGAUGCUCUGCAAGUCGAAGCUGUCAAUCUCAGGGCGGAGAGAGACUUUUACAAAUAUAACACAUCUCAAUCCUCUCUCUUUGUUGACACCUUUACAGACAGAGACAAUCAAAUGCAUACAGUGAGAGAAGUGCCAAGCAUGGCUAAACCAAAUGGUAUGAACCAACAAUGUACUGGGAUGGUUGAGGAGCCCUGUCUUAUGGAGGUUGAGGGGUUAUGUUCUGUGAAGGUUGAGGAGCUUUGUCCUGUGAAGGUUGAGGGGGACUAUGAUCAAGUGUUGAUUAAGGAAGAGGAACAACAGGUCCAAAUAGAACUUUGUAGCCCCUUGGCUAGUCAGGACAAAGUGACCCAUGUCUCCCAGGAUAAACCUACCCAGCAUAGCAACAUUAUGAAGGCCACCAGGCGACCAUGUCUGUUAGCUCAGCAUAAACCCAUCCAGAUAGUCAACACAAUGUCACUCACCGGGGUGGUAGCCCCCAGGCCCCCAAGUCAGGUAACCAAGGAUAAACCUAUCCAGCUUGCCAAAACCAACGACCAAUGUUCUGUGAAGGUUGAGGAGUCAUGUUUUGUGAAGGUUGAGGUGGACUAUGAUCAAAUGUCGAUUAAGGAAGCAGAGCAACAGGUCCAAAUAGAAAUCUGUAGCCCCUUGGCUAGUCAAGACAAAGUGACCAAUGUCUCUCGCAGGUUGCCAAUUCAUGUCCCCAAGGAUAAAACUAUCCAGCUUGCCAAAGCCGUGGUAGAAAGCCACCUAAUGACGAACCAUCUGCCUGGCAGCCAAACCACUGCUGAGCCUUUACAGAAGACUCCUCUGUCAGCUCAAAGGACACCUGUUGCAGGCAAACAAAUUCAGAGAAGCAUAACACACACAGAGAGGGAUGAGUUGCUUUGGCUGGGCUACAUGAAGUGGAAUGUGCGUCUUCCUGCAAGCACAAUUAGAACCGCACACAAGUUUCAGACGCCUAGGGCAACAGUGCAAUACCUUCUACACGCGGUCUUCUCCCAAUGUGAACUCGCCACCAGCAAUCUCAAGGGCAUUCCUGCACUGGGCCUUAACAAACUGGACCCGGACAAACUUUCUGCCAUAAGACAGUUUGUCACCACCAAGUUUCGUCGUUUAGACAUGCGUCAAUGUGGUAAAGACUGGGUCAAGUGCCGGCGCCAGAUAACCAGCAUGCUCAGGAACAUUCGGAAGGAGGACAGGAAGACGAGGGGGCUCUCAGGAAACCUUUGUAUGAUAGAGAAGGUGUUAACGGAUCAGAGUUUACCCCGUCAGCCAUCGCCUCCCUCAUUCCCCUCGAUCUCCCAACAGCACACAGCUGCCUUCUACAACCCAACAGAAGAAGAAGAGAUCCUCUGUCUGGAGAGUUAGGUUACACAAUAUCUGCAAUGAUGUUUGCAUUUUCUUGUAAUAAACAGUUUGUUGGGAGUAAAAAAAUAUAAUAUGACUGACAAUGUAUAUUUGAACUUUGGUUGAUGUAUCGGCUACAUGUGGUAGAGUGGAGCUUUGAAGGAGUGAUGUGUGGAUACUGGGUUAGGUUAGGGUUAGUCACAGGCUGUGUUCAAUAGCAGUUGUAUAGAUGGGGUGAGCUGCCCCCAGAAUAUGAAGUGCUUGAGACACUGGUAAAAAACCUAAAUGCAAUCCAUCAUUAUAACAUGGCCCUCCAAUCAGACCUGUCGGUGGCUAUGAAAGGGCCUCUUUUUCCUCAUCUCCUUCCUGCUGGCUCUCCCCGUUAUGAGCACGUUAGAAGUGAAUUCCUGCUGGCUCUCUCCAUUAUGAGCACGUUAGAAGUGAAUUCCUGCUGGCUCUCCCCGUUAUGAGCACGUUAGAAGUGAAUUCCUGCUGGCUCUCCCCGUUAUGAGCACGUUAGAAGUGAAUUCCUGCUGGCUCUCCCCAUUAUGACCACGUUAGAAGUGAAUUCCUGCUGGCUCUCUCCAUUAUGAGCACGUUAGAAGUGAAUUCCUGCUGGCUCUCCCCAUUAUGAGCAUGUUAGAAGUGAAACCAAAGGUGGAUAGUCUUUCCAUAAGGGAGCUGAGUGAAAUAACUCAUACACACAUUUUGAGCAUAAUAUACUAGGUAUAUAAUCUGUACAUAGAUGAAUUAUUUUAUUUCAAGUUAUUUUAACAGGAUUCCUGUAUGCCUGGAGUUCAUUCACUCAGCCAGUUUGUUAGGGUAAAGAUUGCCAACGUUUGCAUCUGGUGGCACCGUGGCAGCCCUGGCUAUGUAAACAAAAUCAAUGUGUGGAUUGCUGUCUCGUCUAACAUGGACUUGUUUUCAUUUAAUUUCAUGACAUAGGUGAACUAUCUGUUUAAUCAAACCAGUCCCAUGGAUACUCAGGACUACUUUAACCUCCCUCUGUUUCUAUGGUGACGCCACAAUCUGUUCCUCACAAAAGUAGGGCGGCAUUAGAAAAUAUUUCUCAUGCAUCAAGACCCAGGACAUUUAGCAUUUAUCUCUAACCAAGUAUGUAAUCAGCAUGCAGUUGCUUACCUAUGUGUGCCUAAUGAAAUCAAUUGGAUCAGAUGUAGGAUGGUACAUUACGGUUACUGAUAGUUUCCACUAUAUAAUCUACUAUCAUCUACCCAGACAUGUGCUGUGUCUGAAAUGGCUAGGGAAUAGGGUGCCAUUUAAAAUGCUGCCAUAGGCACAUUUGUAUCUCAUUCUAAGAGAGGCCACAGAAAAGGGCUUGAUGUUUGAAUGUAGGAAAACGCUUUAUACAAAUUCCCACAUCCUCAGUGAAUUGACUCUGAAAUGUCUCACUUAUUUUUUGUCAGAGGACACCAAGUCCAUUAGUGAUGCUAUGGCAACUAUUGAAAUAAGUAUUUA